AACAAGAGAACGGCACACAGCCCCGUGUUUGAACGAUCUUCUCAGAUCCCCGGCGUGACUCACUACGCCGUGAGUGAUGCCGUAAGGGGUCCCGUAAAGGGUCCCGUAGUGGAUCCCGUAUGAGAUAUUCUUAAAAGUCGAAGCAGCCCAAAGUUAUGAUUCUGGGUUUUGAAUCUAUCACACCAAGCUGACAUGUAGAAAUUCGACUACUUACACUCUCUUGCUUUACUACAUCACUGCCCGCGAUGCGACCUCCAGACGAUACGCCCGCUUCUUCUGCCGCUACCGCGGUGUCGGUACAUUCCAUCGCCAACGAUUCUGCAAUUCUAGAAAAAAAUGAACAGCCAAGAAGCCCCCGUGCAAUCGCGCCCUCAAGAAGUGCAGGAUGUUGAAAAGCAAGAAGUGGAAAAUAGCGAACCCACCGUCGAUGCUGCUGCCGCCGAUGCCGACCAGCAGUAUCCUGCCUUCUGGAAAUUGGUCCUCCUGUUAAUCGCCCUUUGCAUGGCCAUGCUCGUCGUGUCCUUGGACAGUACCAUUCUCGCCACCGCCAUCCCCCGAAUCACCAACGAUUUCAACUCCCUAGAUGAUGUUGCUUGGUAUGGGAGUUCGUACCUAUUCGCUGUCUGCGCACUACAGUUGAUGUUCGGUAAAUUUUACGUCAUGUACUCCGUGAAAUGGGUGUUUUUGGUGGCCGUCUUCGUUUUCGAGAUUGGCUCCCUCAUCGCCGCCGUUUCUCCGUCUUCAGCUGUCCUGAUCGUUGGGCGAACUGUCUCUGGUUUGGGUGCCGCCGGUAUCUUUGCGGGGGCUAUCAUUAUUUUGGCAACUAAUAUACCCCUGAGACUGCGACCCAUUUACACCGGUUUCUUGUCGAGUAUGCACGGUAUCGCCAGCGUGGCUGGUCCUAUUUUGGGAGGUGCUUUUACCGACCAUGUAACAUGGCGGUGGUGUUUCUACAUUAACCUUCCUCUUGGCGGUCUUACCAUUCUGUUCCUCAUUCUCUUUUUACCAGACAAGCCACCAGCGCAACCCGGUUUGCCCUUCAAGGAACAGGUUAAGCAGUUCGAUCUUCCCGGCAGCUUCUUCCUGAUCCCUUCUGUCAUCUGCCUUCUCCUUGCCUUGCAAUGGGGUGGUGCAACAUAUUCUUGGAGCGAUGGCCGAAUUAUCGCGUUAUUUGUCGUAUUUGGUGUCCUUGCUAUCAUCUUCUGGAUCGUCGAACUCUGGCAGAAUGACCGAGCCACCGUUCCCUUGCGAGUCCUAAAGAACAAGAAUAUCAUCGGCGCUGUGUGGUAUGGUGUGUGCAUGGGCGCUGCUCUCUUCAUCUUUUCCUACUACCUCCCGAUCUGGUUCCAGGCAGUGAAGGGAGUUUCAGCUACUCAAUCUGGCAUUGAUAACUUACCCAGCAUCCUUGGUCUCGUUGUCUUUUCCAUUAUUGGUGGAGGUCUUGCCACCGUGUUGGGCUUGUAUACACCGUUGCUCAUUGCUUCUUCGGCCAUCACUGCGGUUGGAGCUAGCCUUCUCAGUACUCUCAAGGUUGAUUCUACCAUCGGAUAUUGGUUUGGGUACCAGAUAAUAGUUGCGGCUGGUGCGGGUCUAGGCGCCCAGAACGUCAUGCUCGUUGCCCAGGUUGCCGUCCCUAUGGCUGAUAUGCCUAUGGCUAUCUCGAUUUUAACCUUCACGCAGUCGCUAUCUUCGUCUAUCUUCCUGGCUGUGGCCCAGAACAUCUUUCAAAACCAGCUGAUCAAGAAUCUAGUUAUCCGAGCCCCCGAAGUCGGAUCCGCUUCUGUUAUUAGGGGUGGUGCCACCGCACUGAGGGAUACUGUCUCGCCCGAGCAGUUGCCUGCCGUAUUAGAAGCGUACAACGAUGCCCUCACGCAAACAUUUUACGUCGCUGUUGCCGUUAGCGCUCUGUCCAUCAUUGGGCCCAUUUUCAUGGACUGGCUUUCCUUAAAGCAGCCAGGGACGAAACCUUCAGAGGACGUCCAGGAGGCUUCCGUGAACGACCAGCCUACCGAGAACGAGCCCAAGAACGGCCCAUAAUACUUUAAGCGAAUAUGCAUCAUAGAGUUAUGGGUUUUGAAAUAAGUACAUAUUUCCAUACAGUAUUACAUAUUUUUCUAUUAUUUUUUAACAUUUAUCAUUUUUAUUACUAUCGCAUACUUAACAUCUAACAUACUAUAUUUGGCAAAAGGAGAUGUAUUUUAGAUAUUCAUGUUAAUAGAUGGGUUGGUUAUUUGAAUUGGCUAUUAAGGGAGCAGAAAUCAGCGUAAAUAAUUGCUUUACUGUUAGUAAUCAUAGAAUAAGCUUCCGCUGGAAGAAUCUGGCCGUAUGGCCUUGAUAAACCAUGCUCAGGAUUGGGUAAAGCUGAAUUUAUUAGUCCCUCGUCGAUUUGAACCAACC